AUGCAAACAGCCCUGCAACGAGACCCCAACACGGGCAUCUCGAUCCUGAUCGUCGGCGGCGGCAUCGCCGGCCUCUCCUUCGCGAUCGAAGCCCACCGCAAGGGGCACAAUGUCCGAGUGAUCGAACGGCGCUCUGCGGGAAAGACAGAUGGUGAAAUCAUUGCCAUCACGGGCCCAGCCCUCCACACCCCGCACAAGUGGCCGGGAUUUAUGGAUAAGGCACGCAAAGAGGCCGUCCCUCCGGGCAUCACGAUGCGCAAGUAUGAUGGCACCACGAUUGGGACCUUCCCCGUUGGCGACCCCAGCAACCCCUCGCUGCCGAUUUACCGGUCGAAACUGCAUCGCGUGCUAGGUGAGUAUGCCGCGCAGCUGGGUAUUGAGGUGGAGCUUGAGACUAGUGGCUUCGGGUACUUUGAAGGAGAGAGCGAUGCUGGAGUUAUUCUCGCCGACGGCCGCAGACUGACAGCAGACCUGGUUGUUGCUGCUGACGGGGUUGGAUCGCUGUCGUGGGAGCUUGUCAUGGGCACGAAGCAGCCUCCUGUGUCUUCAGGGUUCGUGCUGUACCGGGUGACUUUUCCUGUUGGGCCGGCGCUGGAGAAUCCGGUUGUUGCGAGGGAGUUUGAGGGCUAUAAGAACCGGGCGUUUCUGCAUGCGGGGCCGGGGGCGCAUAUGGUUUCUUGGUACUGCAAUCCAUUAUAUAUCCCUAACUCCCAGUCGGUUGAUGAUGGCGCCGAUGCUAAUGGUUUCUAUGGCGUGAAGGAAGAUAACACUACCGCCGCCGAAGAUUGGGCCAAGAACACCUCCAUCGACAAGGCGCUCGAGGCCGUGGAGGGCUGGGAGCCCUUCGUAUCUGAGCUCAUCAAGGCAACUCCCAACCGUACAUUGCUCGACUGGAAGCUCAUGUGGCGAGACCCCCAGCCGAAAUGGGUAUCGGAUGGCGGGCGUGUCGUGCAAAUUGGCGAUGCUGCCCAUCCAUUUCUCCCUACCUCUGCUAGCGGGGGAACAAUGGCCAUGGAGGACGCGUUCUCGCUUGCUGCUUGUCUAAAAAUUGCCGGAAAACAGGACAUAUCAACGGCGACGAAGGUGCAUAAUCAUCUGCGCUUUGAACGUGUCUCUUGCGCACAGAAAAUGGGCUUCAAGAACCGCGAGCUCUACCACAAGACCGACUGGGACGCUGUGGCCAAAAACCCCAAGAUCAUGGGCAAGAUGGUGGGGGAUUGGCUGUUGAAGCAUGAUCCGGAGAAGUAUGCAUAUGAAAACUAUGAGAAGUGCAAGAAUUUUCUGCUGCAUGGGGAGCCGUUUGCAAAUACCAAUGCCGUGCCUGGGUAUACGUAUAAACCCUGGACGGUCAAGGAGCUUCUGGAGGCGUCGGAAAGGGGGGAGGCAAUCGUGGAUGAGGGAAAGUGGUGA